AUGCCAGUGAAAUGCUGUUUCCACAGGUCAAACGCGGGGGAAACGAUGGCCUGGUCUGAGUCUGUGGAUACACUACUAGCUAAUAAAGAUGGCUUGGCAGCUUUUAGGACGUUUCUGAAGUCAGAGUUCAGUGAGGAGAAUGUGGAGUUCUGGCUGGCCUGCGAGGACUUCAAGAAAACCAAGUCCUCCACUAAGAUCGCCACAAAAGCCCAAAAGAUUUAUUCCGACUUUAUACAAGCUGAUGCUCCAAAGGAGGUAAAUAGCUUUUUAUGUGUACUUUGG